AUGAGUUCAUCUCUCGUUCAUUCUAGGACUCAAAGGGUCCUUGUUGAACUUGAAAAGAGUUAUGCUACGUUACAGGAUGUCAACGAGGAACUUCGGAUAGUUCAGGCCGACAUCUACCUUGCGUCUUUCAAAUGGAAUGUGCUUUCGUGCGGCUUGGAAAGCUCUGAUCGUCCAGAAUAUUGGGCCAACACGUCCGGACGCAGUAUUUGGAGUUUCGUGAGGGAUGAACAGAAGCUGAAAGAAUGGAUAUCUAGGGUUCACCGCGGCGACCUUGUCAGCGGCGACCUCCUCCAGUUAAGGGAGAGCGAACGAAAAGAGCUCCAGGGUCUAGGCGAUAUUAAAAGGGACCUUGAAGGCAUCCAGCACCAGCUCAGGCAGAUUAUCAACAUCUUAUCUCGACCAGGCCUACGAUCAUACAAUAUAUUAGAUAUGCCAGAAGAAAUUCUUUGUAAUAUAUUUGAGUUUGUCGAAGAUUUCCCGUGGGAGUUUCACGAGCUCUGGCAUUUUGCUUCCAAAGACAUAAAGAAUUGUCGACUCACCUGCCAGGCGUUCAAUCGCAUCAGUUCUCGGUUCUUCCUACAUUCCGUGCCCGUGGGCUUGACUGCUUCGUCUCUUUCGAGGUUCAAUGAGAUAUCCAGCCACCCAACCAUCAGCAAGGGAGUACACUGCGUUCGAGCUAUCCUCCGCUUUUAUGAUACUUCCCUUGGCGACAGUUUACGAGCUUUCAUCCUUCACAAUGCUAACAUGCUUCGCGAUCGAGUGCAAUCUAUUGAGGAGAUGAAAUCAUGGAGGUAUCAAAAAGAUGUUUCUGAAGAAACUGGCGUCAGAAUAGUGGAAUCACUGAAAGAGGCUUUGGCAUGCUGGCAUCGGGUUGCUUCGGAUACACAAGCACAAUCCCUUGACGACCAGGACCACCCCCACCUCGAGCUGCUGAAAGCAACUCAUGAAAGAUAUCAGAGCCUGUGUGCUUACCAAGACGAAAUGUGGCAAAGUGGGAGGUUUUUGCAAGCAGUAGCUACGGGAGUAUCUAGGAUGCCCGGUGCGAAGGCAAUUUUCUUUCACGAUUGGGACCUUGCAACUCCAAUGCGGAGUUCGUUCUAUCAUUCGCAAGACAUUAAUGAACCACUCUCCGAGUUUAUGCUCCAGCCAAUGAAUUAUCUUACUGCCAGCGACUAUCGUUUCAGGCUGAGGCUCUGCGACAUGAUAGCCAAGCUUCUGGUAGCAGUGCAUCAUGCGGGGGCAUGGCUCGAAAGAAUUGACAUCAGGUUGUCGUACGUGGAAUUUCCUUCAGAUUUGAUGCCAAGCCCCGAGCUGCGGCAGCAGCUUCCACUCGCCAUGCAGCGACUGCGCGAGUUCAAUUUCAAGUGCGAAGGUGGGUUCAAUGGAGAAUUAACUCAAGAUAUCCUAUACAACAUAGUAGGAUCCUGUCUAGAUACAGGAAGUCUUCGAAAGAUUUCCAUCGAUAUGUCAUCGAGAGAGCCGGACAAGCUAUGUGUCGGUAGGGUCAUCACAUCACGGCACUGGCAACAUCUAUCUAAAUUGUUUUUAUAUGAUGUCUCUUUCCAUUUUUCGGAGCUUCAACUCUUCGUCAGCAGGGCCCCCAGGUCCUUUUCCUGUGCCGUGAUGCGAUGUGUCUAUCUGCUGAGCGGAACGUGGGCCGAGGUUCUGGAUACCUUGCGUGAGAAGCCUUCAAUUGACGAUAUGGUGCUGACUGAUCCGCUGGGCGCCGAGUGCGAAGACAUGUCGGACGAAGAGAUGAAGAGAAUAUUUGGCAGAGCUAAGCCUUUGGCUCCCAGCCAAGCAGAGCUUUACAUUUUACGGCAAACCUCUCAAAAUCCUUUGAGAGACCAGCAGAGUUUAGACCAAGACGCUGUCGACGUGGAAUCGGAGGAUGAAAUGGAGGCUGAACAGUAA